AUGGCGUUGAAGCGAAUCAACAAAGAAUUAAUCGAUCUCGGACGUGACCCGCCAUCCUCAUGCUCGGCGGGACCUAUCGGAGACAACCUGUUCCAAUGGCAGGCGACGAUCAUGGGGCCUAGCGACUCACCAUACUCUGGCGGUGUCUUCUUCCUUUCCCUUACCUUCCCCACUGAUUACCCAUUCAAACCCCCAAAGGUGUCCUUCACAACCAAGAUCUACCACCCCAACAUCAAUGCCAACGGCUCGAUCUGUCUCGAUAUCCUCAGGGAUCAGUGGAGUCCUGCUCUGACGAUAUCGAAGGUCUUGUUGUCGAUUUGCUCGAUGUUGACCGAUCCAAACCCGGACGACCCUCUGGUGCCUGAGAUCGCUCAUACGUACAAGUCCGACAGGCCGAGGUAUGAGGCGACCGCGAGGGAGUGGACGAGGAAAUACGCGACAUGA